UUUCAGGCAGCGUUAUGUUUAAGAAAAGUGGUCAAAUUUUAAUGACUUAUGAUUAAAUAUAUUGUAUUGUCUAUUUAACUUUUUUGACUAACUUCUAUUGUAAUGUUUUAUGGUUGCUUUUUUUAUUAUAAAUGUAAAUUUAUAGAACAUUUCCAACACUUAAGAGGGCAUCAGCGCAUUAUUUGUUUUCUCUCAUACUCAUGGCCAAUACUAUUUUAAGACUUUUUAUGGACUCCCGUGGCCAGUGUAUUGAAAAAAUUUAAUCCAUAAAAAUAAAGUGGAAUUUUGUAAGUUUGUUUUUAAAAUCAGAACAUAAUAUUCAAAAAAAUAGGCCUUAAAUUAGGUCCCAUAAAGUCAUAAUAACAUGGAACUUAAGCGCCCUCUUAAAAUAUCUAAUAACGACGAUACAGGUUCCUGACUAAGAACUUAUUACGUAUUAAGAGAUCGCUAUACUUGCAUGUGUUGUUUCCGUCUUACAAGUUAUAAGUGCGUACCACAGCAAUUUUACGCUCAGAAGAUCACGUUUAGCUCCGUCAGUUGAAAAAUUAAAGUGAAUUGACCUCCUAUAAAAUGUAAAGCUAAUAACGUUAUCCGUGUUCGUAUAUGUCGAGUUUUUACGAUAGUUCAGUUUUGUGUUAUGUGCAUUUUUAAUUUACGCUAUGCUAUAAUGUUAUAUACCUACGCAACACUUCUAAAAAAUUGAGCCAUCGUAAAAACCCAAUAUACGAACACAAAUAAUAUUCUUGAUUUAAGUUUAAGAGGAGGUUAAUUUACUUUAAUUUUUAAACUAACGUUAUCUGCUGAGCAUAAAUUUAAUAUGUUACGCACUUGUAAGACGGAGAUAACACACGUGAUGGCUAUAGCGUAGUCGUCUUAAAAAAUAUUGUAAAAAAUUAAAAUAUUCACACGAUAGCAUAUUUACAUGAAAAUCAAAUUUAACAGCCAUUACACGAGAAAGUCCUGUGCUGUCACGUACCUACGAUGUACUUUGUACAAUUGGUUUAACAUAAAUCCAAUUAAGGUAUUCGAGUUGUAUAUAUCUAUAAGUCUAUCAAGUUUUCGCGCUCAAAAUUUGAAAUUACGUAUAUAAUAUUAUAAUGUUAUAAUGCAAUGCAGUAAGUUGUGUUUCAAUCGAAUUCUAUCGACGAACGUUUUUGAUAACGACGAUAAGUGUGUUGUUAUCGAAUUAAUGGUUCGUCUUAAUAUGUCCGGUUUAUAAUUCUAUGCGAGUAUUCGAUAAUAGGAUUUAUUAUUGCUAAGACGGAGUUACAAUAUAAUAAUUAUGAUAUGUCAUCAUGCACGUACUCAAAUAACAGUCUUGUCGCAGUUGAAAACGAAUUCCCGAUAAAAGCGAUCGGGCUCUGACCAUGGCAAAUUUAUCAUCGACGCGGAUUGCAAAUAAUGUGUUCGGAGGACGAUCGUUUGGCGGAAAUGAAGAAAUACGUUGUGAAGGUUUUCGAAGAAUGCGUAAAAUCGGUGUCGCCCAGAAACAUCGUCAGAAACACACUGAGAUUUGAUUCAAAAAARCUCUCCGUCAAYGACUCUUCGGUGUACAGCGUGCCAGGCGACGUCUAUGUGGUCGGUUUCGGUAAAGCGGUGCUGAACAUGGCGCUUGAAGUGCACAACGUACUCGACGGUCGUCUCAAGGAAGCCGCAGUGAGCGUUCCGUUCGGGACCCGACGGCCCUCCUCCUUGCUGGACAAUUCCAGAAUGUGCGUCAUGGAGGCGGCCCGGAACAACAUGCCCGACCAGCAGUCGGUGGAAAACACCGAUCGCAUCAUAAGUACGCUAGCCCGUCUGGAAAGGGACGAUUUGCUAAUCGUACUAAUAUCGGGCGGCGGUUCCGCCCUGUUGUGUUCACCGACCGUGCCCCUCCGCGACAAAAUCYUCGCCACCAACCUGUUGUCGUCGGCCGGUGCAUCGAUCGAACAGCUGAACGCCGUGAGGAAAGCGCUGUCCCGGGUCAAGGGUGGCCGACUAAUCGGGACGGUCCGGGACGAGUGCACCGUGAUCUCACUGAUCCUGUCUGACGUCGUGGGCGACCCGUUGACCGCCAUCGCCAGCGGACCCACCGUGCCCAACGACGACCCCGACCAUCUGCCCAUCGAAAUCGUCGACCGCUUAGGUCUGCGCGAUAAGAUGCCAAAGUCCGUUGUCGACGYGCUCUUGCGAAACGAAUCGUUCAACGGCACCUCGGCGCGGUUUGACAGAGUUCACAAUCACGUGAUCGGUAACAACACCGUGGCGUUACGGGCGGGACUCGAGUACGCCAGUCGAGACUUUGAGGCCGUACUCGUGACUACGUCGCUCCGCGGUGACGUUGCUCUGGUGUCCACGUUUUAUUCAGAUCUCAUAGCGUACGCGUGUGGCCUGUACUUGGGAGCAACGGACGAGAAACGCAAACAGAAACUGAAGGUAUCGUCUUCGGUAGUCGGCGGCGGAGUGGACGUUGAGGGCCUGACGGACAGGGUCGUCGAAGCGUCAUCCGAAGGCCGUGGCUUGUGCAUACUGAGCGGCGGCGAACCCACGGUCGUGGUCCGUGGUAAUGGCCUGGGCGGCAGGAACCAAGAGUUGGCGCUGAGGGUAGCUUUGGCCUUGGGGACGGCGAGACGCCGUGACGACGGUCUGCAYCGGUUCGACGUGCUGUUCUUCAGCGGCGGCACAGACGGCAUCGAUGGCCCUACCGAUGCGUGCGGGGCGUUUGGUUACCCGGAACUUGAGGACUUGGCACUGUCCCAAGGCCUGAACCCUUCGCAUUAUGUCGACAACAACGACAGCUACGGAUUUUAUUCGUCACUCGAUUGCGGUGGUAAUAGCGAUUUACUUAAAAUCGGACACACCGGCACGAAUGUGAUGGAUCUGCACAUUUUGAUCAUCAAACCGAAAUAAGAUYGUAGCACCAAAUGAUAAUCGUUUAUCUGUUGUAAAUAAUUGUAAUAGACGAUAAAUUGAAUAACUGAAACUUUUAUUUUAUACUUUAAUUUUUAUGUUGACAUAAAU